CUUCCACCCGUGGCUUUCGUGUCGUUUUCGUCAGGUAACAGAAGCGAAAACCAAAUAGCGUCCAAAAGAAAAGAAUUUAGAACAAGAAGACGGCGACGGCAAGCCUCUCUCUCUCGUCUAUCUAUAUUUAUCGAUUACAAGGUGGAAUCUUAGGUGGUUUGGAUGGUGGGGGGAGGAGAUGAAGUUCUGCAAGAGGUACGAGGAGUACAUGCAGGGGAGGAGGGAGAAGGAGCUCCCCGUAGUCGGAUUGAAGAAGCUCAAGAAGAUCUUGAAACGGUGCCGAAGGGAUUUCCAAUCCCAGAACCAGCAUGGAGAGGAGGAAGGAGGAAGCCCGCACGGGGGCAACAGAUGCCCUGAUCGUUGCCCAGUGUGUGAUGGCACUUUCUUCCCCUCCCUUCUCAAGGAGAUGUCAGCUGUUGUUGGCUGCUUUAAUGAACGAGCUCAGAAGUUGCUUGAAUUGCAUUUAGCUUCAGGCUUUGGUAAGUAUUUGAUGUGUUUUGGAAGCAAGUCUCAACGAAAUCAUGGAGCUCUGAUACAAGAAGGCAAAGACCUGGUUACAUAUGCUAUUAUAAACUCCAUCGCCAUGAGAAAAAUUUUAAAGAAAUAUGACAAGGUUCAUUACUCAAAGCAAGGGCAGGCAUUCAGAUCACAGGCCCAGAGUAUGCAUAUUGAGAUCCUGCAGUCUCCAUGGCUCUGCGAGCUCAUGGCCUUCUACGUCAACUUGAGGCAAAGCAAGGUCAACAGUAAGGCUUUCGUGGGGCUAUUUGAGGACUGCUCACUCACAUUCGAUGAUGACAAGCCAAUGCUCGCAUGUGGCCUAUUCGACUCUACGAAAGUUGACAUCGAUUUGACAUGUUCCAUCUGUUUGGACACUGUGUUUGAUCCCGUUUCUCUCGCUUGUGGCCAUAUAUUCUGUUUUAUGUGCUGCUGUUCUGCUGGAUCUGUGUCGAUUGUUGAUGGGUUAAAGGCUGUGGAUCCUAAAGCAAAAUGUCCUUUAUGUCGACAGGCAGGAGUAUAUGCAGGUGCUGUACACUUAGAUGAGCUAAACAUCUUGUUAAGCCGAAGCUGUCCUGAUUACUGGGAGGAGCGACUUCAGUCUGAAAGAGUGGAGCGUGUUCGCCGGACCAAGGAGCAUUGGCAGUCCCAGUGCCAAGCAUUCUUGGGUGUCUGAGAGUAGGUCAGCUCAUUGUUUGUCUUUUGCAUUGCAUGAACUGCUCUUUUGCCAGUUUGACCAUCACUUCCUGUUGCUAUCUAUAAACAAAUGUGCAAUUAUGGUCGGUUGGAUCGAGCCUUUGUAGCCUUCUGGGAGUUCAAACGUGGUCUGCUCAGGUUUCAUGAAGUCAUCAAAACUAAUGCAUGCCAUGUUUUAGUAGUAAAUAGAUUCUCUAAUAAAUGUUUCGUGGCCAUCAUUGAGAAGAGAUUAUAUGAUUGAUGAUUCUAGAAUGUUUCAUUCCUCAAAA